CAUCCACCAACGCAUCCAGCAGAUCGACUCACGGUAAAGCCCUCUCAAGAGCAUCUACACAAGACUCCUACACAUCACCAAACCCCAACAACACCAAUAGCAACAAUGCAGCUCAACAACGCCCUCCUCAUCACCCUCCUGCCCGCCCUGAGCGAGGCAGUUGGUUUCCUCCAGAAAUCGGACCCAUCGAUGGCCUCACUUGCGCAGGUCGACGACCACGCCGGAAACGCCUCUGGAGCCAACAAUUGCGGCCUGACGUCUUGGGACGACUAUGGCAAAUCCACCCCGUCCUCGCAACUCCCUCUCGUUGCGGAUUGCCAAAAGAUUAUUGACCAAGAAGCGGUAUUGGAUUUUUCAAACCCUAUUACCCAUGGCAAGAGUGACCCGCAGAUUCUCUACGCCCAUGGAACCUGCGCCUUCGCGGCCGCUCUCGGUGAUGGUGCGCCCAGCGGCUUGACUGCCUAUGUUGGCAACGCAGAUGUCAAGGACCUGGUCGGCGAUUCGAUCAAAAACUACUCCCACGACAGGUGGGUCGGUACCCAAGGCGGUUACACGAUGUUGGUUGGAACCGAUGGUGGUGUGCAGUGUGACAGCAAUGGCCCCGGGCAUGUGCAGAUUCCUGUUGUCUGGUGGGUCCAGAGAUCCGACUUGUAGAGCAAUUACCUGAGUCAUGCGCGCGAAGGAUGGUGAAGGUGGAAGAUGGUGGGAUUGGUGGGAGGGGGGGAGGAGGAGGAGGUGAGAAGAAGGGGGAGGAGGAGGAGGUGAGAAGAAGGGGAAGCAUGUAGUGGAGUUUUUUGUCUCUCUCUCUCUAGUUCCAAGUACAC